AUGAACUUGACUGAUCACACCCUGCUCGUGCCUAUGUUCAUUGAAGUCGGUUAUGCCGCAGCUACUGUCAAAUGGCUUGAUGGAUCAUCAUUCGAAAAUCUAACCGGAAAUUUGAAUACAACCAUUUUGGGUAUCAUCUACAAUCUCUCAAGACACAGUAAAGGAUCGAAAGCAUUGCGAAAAGAACAAGCAUUUGAAAUAUUAAUGAAACGCAAAUCUUUCAUAAUGAGCCAGGAAAAGUCGAUUCAUGUUUUCGGUAGUUUAUUAAUUGCAUUGGCUAAAAAUGAUGAAGAACAAAAAGCAAAUAGAGAUCUUUUUCUUCAGACUAGCGAAAAACUAUUUCAAGAUAUUAAUAUGAUCCAUAAAAAAAAUGGUGAUUUAAGGCAUGGUGGAUAUCAUCUAUCCGAAUUACUCUAUUUACUUCACGGUGCUUUUUCAAAUACGGCUAUUGUAAGAAAUAUUCUUGGCGAUGAAUUUGACGUGAAAAGAGAAUCAAUUCUAUUCUUUGGAGAUCUUUUUUUAACUGUCUAUGGACCAUUGUUCGAUCACGAAGCAGAUCAUCCUGAGAAAUUAGUUGGAAUAUCAUUACUUAAAAUUCUUUUAUGUAUUUCAAAUUAUCCAGAAUAUUUAAACGUAUUGAAAUCGCAUCUGCCUCUAUGUGUUCUCAUUGAAAGUCUUGCGAAAAAACCGAAACAAGAUGUUGCUAAACGAACUUGGUUCAAUAUUCAAUUAUUAUCAAACUUGAAUUCAUCACCGAAUGAAUCGAAAAUAGACAAAGAUCCAAUGAUCUGUAUUAGUUACAAUUGGGCUGAUAAAGAAAUUUGUAAAUCAUUUGUUAAGAAUUUACGUAAUUUUACAUCAGUAACAAUUUGGGUUGAUUAUGAAAAUGUCGAUGAGACGGAUGCAAUAUGGGAUUUUAUAGCACCGGCAAUUGAUUCUGCAACGAUUAUUGUCGUUUUAGCAUCGAGUGCCUAUGACGAUAGUCGAACGAACAGGCAAGAAUUAAUCUAUGCAAUGAGUAGAGCACGUUUGCAUAAUAAAGGUUUACGUUUUAUUGUCGUUGAUAUUGAAGUCAACUUUAAAUUUAAUCGAGAAUGGAUGCGAAAUUUACUUGAAGACAAAGAAAGAAUUUCGUAUAAAGACAAAACUGAAGAAAUGGCAAAGGAGGUAGCUAUACGUGUUCUCUUAUCGAAAAACAAUUCGUUGAUCACGUGUACAUCGGGUACUACUACACAAUCACGUGUUUGCACAAUUAUGUGA